AACUGUUUACUUUUUGGUUUCCCGAGAUUUCCGAACAGCUCAACAAAUCUCUGGAUUUCCAAAAAAUAAUCAUAGCUGCUGCAUUUGGCGACAUUAGUUUUAAGAUUGCUUAAGUUUUUACCUGUGAUACAGAACGACAACAGUGCACUAGGUUUCGUUGGCCGUCCGGAAGACGUGAUACAUUUUCAUCCCCGGUCCUGCCCCAUAGAGAAAUUUGUUUUCUUGUUUUUGUGUUUACGACACCCUCAAUAACUUGUGUUUGGAUUGAAAUUUUGUAAGAAAAUAAAGCAGGAUGGAUCAACAGCGGUUCCGGACGGGUGAACGGAUCAACAAUAUUUCCACCAACACCUUCCAGAUUUGGGAAACAACAGUCCGUCUGGCUCGGAUUCGUACCCUUAUGGAUCAUUUGUGCGCUGCUAAUGACGAAAACGAUGAGCUAAUUUACUGCCUGCGCGAACCGAACGAACCUAUCGAUGACACACCGGAAGAUGCUAGCACUGACACCGAUCCGGACGAGGAGGACAGUUCAAUUAAUUCCAUCAUCAAAGAUAUUCGCUCGCGACCACGCACCCGUGGUGCCGUCAAGAUGAUAUUCUACAACCGGCUGGCGAUGAUCUCGGACAAGCUGGCCCAGGACAUUAAAUUCCGUUCGGAGAAUGCAGAGUUUUUUGACGAUCUCGAGCUGGUGUUGAGCAGGAUGAGUGACGAAGCGGCCGAGAUCACAAAGCGAGAAAUUAUGAAAUAUUUGGCCGAAGCUAAGGAACGGCUAGCCAAGAAAGGUCGGGAACGGCAACAGAUGCUUCAACAACAACAACAGCAGCAGCAACAAAGUUCUAGUAGUUCUGCUUUUUAAAAUUUAAGCGGAAUAUUUUUGACAAAAAAAAAGCAAAACAAACGGUCAAAUCUAAAUCUUCUCCUAGGUUUUAAACGCGCUAAUUUCCAAGGAAAUGAACGGUAUGCUAGUUGAAGAAUGUUACGAGAAGAGGAAAAAAAAUCAUCUACUCGACUCUUUGUAUAAGUGUAAUCCAUUCUACAUAUUUCGAUCGUCAGUUUUCUGUCAUAAUUGAUUGAGUUUAUUUUCCCAUAUUUGUUUAUUUAUAAUUGUUUGCAGAAUUAUUCCGAUAAAACUGAUUUAUGAAAAAUUGA